AGCAGGGCGGAGGAGGAGCGGCUCCUCCUCAGGGCCGGCCUGGCAAAGGCUCUUCUUCUUCUUCAGUAGCUCGGGCAGCCGUGGGCAGAGCCAACCCGGAGGAGAAUGGCGUCCCGGUCUGCGUCCGCCUCUCGUUCCCACGACCCAGCCACCUACUUCCGAAGGACCAGACCGUUUUUAGCGAUGGUGAUCGUGGGCGGCAUGCUGUACUACGGCGUAAGGAGGGGAGAGAGAGAGAGAGAGAGAAAGAAAGAGAGAGAGAGAGAGAGAAUGUGUGCUGUCUUGGCACCUUCAAGGAUCCCCUAUGAUGGUCUGGGUCCAUUAGGAAGAUUCACACGAUAUCUGCAGGAGAACCACAAACCUGUUUUCCAUGUAGGAUAUGCGGUGAUUUGGUUACUUCAUAUCGGUGAAGCGUGUUUGAGUAUCUGGUUAUGCAAUAAGAAAGGCAUCACGGAGAGCAAGACGCAGCUUCGGUGGUUCGUUCAAACGUUGCUGUGCGGCCUCUUUUCGCUUUAUUUUCUGCUGGUUUACAAGCCACCCAAGAAAACCCAAUGAAGAAUUGGAACUGGAAAAGAAAUCAGAAACAAAAAUGGGAUGAUAUUGCCCUUAACACCGAAGGAUCUCUCCGUAUUUUGGCAUUUGACUGAAAACACCUUUCACUGUUACCUGGAAAGACCAAAACAAAAAAACAAAAAAACCCCCACAACUUGGUGUUGAGGCACCCUGGUGAUAAAUUUAUGAGUUGAUAAAGCGGAAAUCACAUUUUAAAUAGGGAAUCAAAAGUUCUCACCUUCUUACAGAUGAUCUGCUGUUCAAAGAUAGAAAGUAUCUUGAAUUUUUUAAUUCUGUGUUUAGUAAUAAAAAGAGACCUUGGUAUUAGGGUAA